AGUUGAAAUGUUACAUAUUCCAAAAAUAUAAAUGCACAAAUUGCAUUUGAAACAAUUUGACUACUAUAUGGUCUACGUAGUGUACCUAAUCUCGUGGAUAGGUACAAGUCAACAUUCAUUGUAAAUCUGGCGAGGAACUGGAUGGACCACACGUAGAACUAACGAUGGAUACAUGCACAAGUUGCAACGUAGAAGUUUGGGGAUAAAUUUUUUUAUAGUGGGAGAUAUCACAAAGGGGGUGGUGGCGCAGUUGGCUAGCGCGUAGGUCUCAUAGCUAUAGAGUGAUCCUGAGGUCGAGAGUUCGAGCCUCUCUCACCCCAUUUCUUUUUUUCAUUUCUCUCUUUAAAAAUAGCCGAAAAUAAAUUUACUUAACGUCGCAUCUUUUUGCUUAUCAGAUUUUACGAUUUAGAAAGUAUAAACACUGAUUAUAAUUGAAUCUAGUGUUCUGUGGUUUUUUAUUUCGAGUUUAAAAUGUAUCUUUAAUUUAGAAUAUUUUGAAACUUGAAAGAAAUUUAAGUCUUUCCCAAUUCAUUUAUUGUGAAGCAGAAAAAGUGGAGUAAAAGAAGAGGAAACGGAGAGGUCUGAAUUCUGAAGAGACAACAAUCUCUCUUUGUUUUUUUUUUCCUGUUACUAAUAUAUAGCCGAGAAAAGUGUUUGGGUUUGUGGAAGUGAUCGCUAAUGGCAAAUGCAUCACCGUUGUCUCGAACAAACCCACACUUCUUCCAGCCUCUGCUUCCAGGUUUCGAUAGUCACCUUAACAUUCCUGUGAAGUUCUUCUCCGAUCACAUCAAGGGAAAACACGAGGGAAAGACUGUAAAUUUGAGAUCAGAUGCGUCAGAAAGAACAUGGAAAGUGAAGAUGGAGGGUAAUAGACUCACUAAAGGUUGGAAAGAGUUCGUGAAGGCACAUGAUCUUCGAGUUAGUGACUUUGUCGUCUUUAGACAUGAAGGAGAAAUGUUGUUCAAUGUCACUGCUUUAGGACCUAGUUGCUGUGAGAUUCAAUACGCACAGCCUCGCCGCCAUGAAGAAGACGAAGAGAGUAACGAAACUGAAAUAUCUUUAAGAUCUGAGAAGGAAGUUGAGGAGAAUGUGAAAACAGAAUCUGAUCAGUCUUCGCCUAAUCUCAAUUGUUUUAGCCGAUCUGUGACAGCUUCAAACCUAUCAAGAGAUACAGUGGGUUUCCCCAUUAAUUUCGCUAAGCAAAAUGGUUUGAACAAAGAAAGGCAAGAGAUAUUUUUGAUGAACGGAGAAGGAAAGACAUGGGAAUCAGAGUUAAAGAGAUGGGGGGAUUGUCGGCUUUCCAUUGUUCGAGGUUGGACAAGUUUUUGCACUGCAAAUAAACUAGAAGUUGGAGAUUCUUGCACAUUUAGACUGCUCCAAAAAACGGCGGAAACGCCUGUGUUUCAGCUCUGCAGCAGUACAAAGUCGGAGAGGAAAAUCCAGUCCGCGGAAGGUUGCAUCGAUGACAAAACUGGAGGAAGCCGGUUUGUGAAGUUAACUCCUACACUAAACAGUCUUCACGUUGGUAAACAGCAUCUACCGGUAAGUUUCACGAGAGAGAACAGACUCAUAAAUCCGGGGAAGAUAGUUCUGGUGGACAAAAACCGAGCUGAAUGGUUGAUGGAGCUUAAGGUUGACAAAAGUACUGGUUUGAUGUAUAUUAUUAGUGGCAAUGGUUGGAAAAAGUUCUGCGCCGCCAAUGAAAUAAGCGCAGGGGAGUCUCUAAUUUUAGAAUUGAUCCGAGGAGGUGUAACUCCUUUGCUUAAGUUCAUCUCCAAGUUGGAUCAACCACCAUUUGAAGCAGAGGCUCAGGCACACAAGAGAGCUAGAGUCCAAAAAUUGAGCCAGGAGACUGAACCGAAGCUUGAUAUGAGAGAGAAGACAGCUGAAGAUAGAGUACCCCCUCGAGCAUCUAACAAGUCCAGUGGUAAUCAAGAAAACUUGCAGCAUACGCAACCUUGCUCUGUCUCAAAUCAGUUGGCUAAGGUGAAACAAAGCGUUGUAGAUGCUUUAACUAGUAUCAGACGUUUUCGGGCAGAGCUCGACACAACGGAACAGAAGCUAGAAAUUUCAUUGCAGGAAAUCAACAAGUUAGAGAGGACAGAAGAUAAUGGGAAUAAAACAACAACUUCAAGUAAACCGGGGGCAACCCUAGCAAAAGAUCCGCUAGCAUCAGAGAAGCAAAGUACUCUUCCACUUCCAACAAAAGAUGGUCUUCCAAUAGAUAUUAAUCUCUCCUUCAACAUUUACACAGCCGUGAGGAAGCUUCGUACAGCUCUUGCCAGAGAAGGCCCUGAUGGUGUCAUGGCAUAUCAGAUAUUCAUGAAUUCAACGCUUCAGCAGAUAAGCAGGCAAAUUCCGAGAACCAAAGAGGAACUCCUCCAAAUCAAUGGCCUUGUGCAGGCUAAAGUAAGUAAGUACGGUGAUCGGUUGUUAGAAACAAUAGAAACAACGGUGAACGAGUACUACGGAACCAAAAAGAAAGAUCCCAUAAUCAUUCAUCAGUAACGGCAGUACCGAUUCAGGGAAAAGGAGAAGAGACGAUCAAGAACAUUAGUCCAAACGUAGUAGCCGGGGAUGAUGAUUUCGAAGUGAGCAACAAAACCGAUGAGGUGCUUCGUGGUGAAUAUGGAGAUGGAGUUGGCAUGGUCAUGGACUCAGGUCAUGGAGAAGCUUGAUUUUGAUUUUUAUUGUUAGGGCGGACUUAAUAUUUUUAUUUUCAUAAAAUUCUAGAAUCCAAAAUUGUAUUUUGUUAUAUCUAUAUAUACAUUUUUGGAUGACUUUUAGCAAAUAAAUCCUGGA